UACAACAACCAUUGGGGAGCCUACCAGGACCACCAGCAGGAAGACCACCACGGGGAGGACUACCAGGACCACCAGCAGGAUUACUACCACAACCACCAUUGGGGAGCCAACCAGGACCACCAUUGGGAAGACAACCAAGGCCCCUACAACUGUGGUCUGCACAGCUUCCAGUAUGGUGGUGGAGCUGCCCAAUGAACCUCUAAGACUGGUCAAGGUUCUAGAUAAAUCCAACCAGUGGGUAGCUGUCAUUGAUGCUCCCAAGUACUGCAACUACACCUUGUUGCAGGGAAGGGGAGGGAACUUCUUCAUAACCCCCUACACGGCCUGUGAUGUCAGGAUAUUGAAUAACAACUAUGUUUUGAAGAUAUGGUAUCUGACAACUGGUGGCAUAAAAGGGUAUGUGGUGAUGAAAUGCCCAACCAGUGCUGGAGAACCCACAAAAGCCCCAACAACUACUCCCACUACAUGGGAGCAAACCAAACCGACAAGGAUCACUGGAAUUGCUACGAAGACAACUAUGAGAACCACUGGUGGGGAGCCAACUGUAGUGUGCACAGCCUCUAGUAUGGUAGUGGAGCUGUCCAAGGAACCUCUGGUACUAGUAGAGCUUCUAGCUGAAUCCAGCAAGUGGGUAGCUGUCAUUGAUGCUCCUGAGGAUUGCAACUACACCUUGGUUCAGAGCAGAGAAAGGAACCUCUUCAAAACCCCCUACACGGCGUGUGAUGUAAAGAUUCUGAAUGAGAACUACUUCUUGGCCUUGCGCUAUACAACAAUUGAUGGUAAAGUAGGCUAUGUGCAGAUGGAAUGUCCAACCAGUGCAGGAGAACCAACAAAAGCACCUGUAACUACAAACACGACCAGGAAAUCAACAAGGACCCCCCCAGCACCAGAUGUGGUGUGCAACUCAUCCGGAAUGAUGGUGGAGCUGCCCAAGGACUCUUUAGACCUAGUGGAGCUUCUAGAUUAUUCCAACAAAUGGGUAGUUGUUAACAAGGCUCCCAUGUACUGCAACUACACCUUGCUGCAGGGAAGUGGAAGGACCCUUUUCAUAACCCCCUACAAAGCCUGUGAUGUCAGGAUACUGAAUGAGAACUACAUCUUGACCCUCCGCUAUACAACUUCUGGGCAACAAGUUUAUGUUCACAUGAAAUGCCCAACCAGUGCUGCAGCAUCCACAAAAACACCUUCCUCUACAACCACUACUGGAAAACCACCAAUACCCACUGUCUGCAACGCCUCAGUCAUGACAAUAGAGCUGCCUGAAGGACCAAUUGAACAAGUAGCCCUGAUAGAUAAAUCCAACACUCUGGUAACUGUCAAAGAUGAUACCAGAAAGUGUGGAUACAGCUUGGUGCAUGGGAGAGGAAAGAACAUCUUCACAACCCCUUACACAGCCUGUGAUGUGAAGAUGCUGAAUGGGAAUUAUGUCCUGACUCUAGCAUAUGUAAUCCUUACUGGGGAAAGGGUACUGGUGCAGAUGAAAUGUCCAGUCAGUGCAGCUUUACCAACAGGGUUGCCACUCCCUCCCUUUGGGGUUUCUGUCCUCUGCAGUGAUACUUGCAUGACAGUGGAACUUCCUGGGGGACUGCUACAAGAUAUCCAGUUAAUGGAUGAAUCCAACAACUUGGUAGCUGUUACCGGUGCUUCCGAGACUUGUGGCUACAGUUUGGUGAGGGGGAACGGCAAGAACAUCUUGACCGCUCCUUACAAGGCCUGCAAUGUCAAGAUACUGAACAACUUCUACAUCCUGAGAGUCAUUUACACCACUCUUACUGGGGAGCGAGGAGAUAUACAGGCCAAGUGUCCUGUUCCUAGUCUAGUACCACGUGAGGGGUGCAAGAUACCAAGAAGUCAGCAGGUUGCUUGUGGUCCUCCUAAUGCUGAUCCACAACUGUGUGUGGCCAGUGGAUGUUGUGUGGAUGCAACAACUUCCCAGUGUUACUAUCCUUUGAAUGCAUGCACUGCAGAUGGCCAUUUUGUAUUCUCCGUAGACCGCACCUCAGCCAAGCCAGAAAUCGAUCCUGGCAGUCUAGUAAUUGCAGGAAACCGAUCAUGUGCCCCAGUAAUCUGCACUCCAGACUUUGCCAUCUUCAAAUUUCCUGUGACUGGCUGUGGGACACAUGUCUUUACGGUGGCGGAGACUACAAUUUAUCUUGCUGAAGUUCAUGGCUUGGUUCGGGGGAACCAGCAGAUGUAUGGACAAAUUACCAGAGAUGGCCCUUAUCGUUUCCAGGUGGAAUGUCGCUAUUCUAAAGGGCAUUUGGCCAGCACUGGUUACUUGGUGGUGAACCCACCGCCUCCAUCAGCAGCUUUGGCUUUUGGCUCACUUGGGGUUAGGUUAAGGAUUGCCACAGACACCAGCUACACUAGCUUCUACCCUCGGUCCCAUCUGCCCCUGAGCUUCUUGCUUGGCAGCAAGGUGUAUCUGGAAGUGCAGCUUGUAAACCCUCCUAACCCCAAUGUAGUUCUGCUGGUCCACUACUGCAUCGCCUAUCCCCAGUCCUCUCAAGCUGCCUGGGUGAUCCUCUAUGAAGGUUGUCCCAACAUCCUGGAUUACAGCAGUGCUGCUGGCCUCCAUGUGAAAUACAAUAACAUGCCUGUAUCCAAGCACACUCGACGCUUUGAAAUACAAAGCUUCCAGUUCCUGGACUACAAGACCAAGCAGCAUUUGGAUGAGGAAAUCUAUUUUAUGUGUUCAACUGAAGUGUGUUCCCCAGAACACCGUGUUUGUAAUGAAGGAUGCUUUGAUGGGAGAGAUAUGCCUGUUCCAGUGGAUCUUGGUGUGGGAGGGCGCUGUGCAGGAAAGCCCUGUCCUGGGAAAUCCAACGUAGUCAAGCGAGCUGCUCAUGGUCAUACUGGCCUCAUCGCUGUCGGUGAAGGAACCUUCCUUUUGGAUGAGCCUGUGCCCCAUGAACAAAUGGAGAAGCACUGGACACACUUCCAUGGUCUCCUGGGGCUGCUUGCUCUGCUGGUCUCGGUAUCUGUUGUAAUGCUCUUCCUCAAAUGGGUUGUCUUGCAAAUGGCCAGGUCCUAGAGAAGCAGUCUAACUUGAAUAAACCUUUAUCUUGUGUUGAAA